CAGCAAGCAAAUGGUUUUCCCUUAUAUAGGCGCUGGCGCUUUGGCUGGCGAGGUGGUAGCGUAGCUAGCUUUUAUACGUAACUGCUGCUAGCAGCGUCUCCGGCGACAAACGCGCUCCUGCAAGCCGAACUUCUUUUUCGUGCAUUUUAUGCUGAAAUUUAAAGAAUGUUAUAUGAAAUACGAUUUAGCGGCACGCUGGACAGGAGGCUAGCUGUCUGUCUUUUAUCCUUGUCCUUCCUCUGGCUGCUGACGCUGUGCAGGACGCCUAGCAAGGAGCAACCGAACGGCUACUUUGAGUCGAUGUACGCUGUUUUAGAAUCUAUUGCGGUGGUUGGGAGCCCUGCGCAAUGGAUAGUCACGCUGCUGGGGUUGUGUCUCUUCCCAGCGCUCAGCCGAAGUGGCCGCUCGGGACCUUAUCCAGCAGCAGGCGCUGGCGGGAGCUCAGAGCUCAGCACGCAAGCCACGAGUCGAAAACAUGGACCAGGGUCUCACAGCAUAGAGAUAGGGCGACAAUAUGGUUACCAAAGACAUGGUCGUGGUUCUGCCUUUGGGCUGCUCAAGCGAUUGCGGCGGGUACUUUCGGAGGGCCGUGCCCAGGCUCGCCGGCUCUGCGGCCCCGACUCUGUGCUACAGAAGUCGGUUCCAAGCUUCUCUCGAAAACGUAGCUUCGGCAGUCGUUCAUCGAAAUCGGAGGAUGUCCUUUCUUCACGGCUUUCCUCGGACUCGUUGCUGCGAGGCGCCUCACAGCCUCAAACUGCGACCGCAGGCGGCCGGCGCGGCUUCUUCCAACGCAGUUUCAACGCCAAUGGGAACGGCGGCAAUGGCAACGGCAGUAGCAGCAGUCCGGGAAUGUCAGGGUCGCGGUGGCGGCCCAGCAUGUCGCGCAUUGCAUCCGGCCAGCACCUGGCGGGCAUGGUGCCUUCCGAAUCUAGCUUGAGCUCUACGGCUGCAGGCAAGCGCUUGGAGAUACUGUCGCAUAACGGCUUUCAGGCCGUGGACUGCUUGGCACACGAGACUACCGACCCCGCCUUCGCUGCCGUGCGCCAGGCCAUCACCGACACCCACCUCCUGCAGUUCGGCGCCAUGAUUGGCGAGGCCUCCGCUGAGCUCGCCCUCAGCCAGGCCGGCAGCGCAGCCGCCGUGGGGCCGCUGCCCGGCAGCCUUCUGGGGCCCUAUGACCGCAGGGACCUCUACCGCCAGGGCUGGGAGCUGGUGCUUGAGGAGCACAAGCCGGGGCUGCACUACUGGAGCUGGCGGCGCCCCCUGCGCAAGGGGCUCUACAUGUAUAAGAGCAAGACGGUGUACGAGGCCGCGACCACGGCGCAGUACAUUGACUUCACGUAUGACAUGGAAUAUCGCCGUACUUGGGAUGAGUUGAUGAUUUGCCAGAUUGCGAUUCCGCCGCCGCCGGCUUCAGCUGCCACAGCAGCUGCCGCCGGCGAUGGCAGCGGGGCCAGCAGCAGCCAGGCAGUCAUGAGCCUGGCAGAGGCAGAAGCCAAGAGUGCCGGUGGCGGAUCGGCCUUCAUGUUCUCAAGGACCAAGUUCCCGCCGCCCAUGGCGGCACGUGAGUACACCUACGUGCGCCGUAGCUGGGCCAAGCCGGAUGACGGUGGCUGCUACUGCAUCUCGAGGGACUUUGCGCACCCGUCGCCGCCGGCGGCGGGCGGUCGAGCCGUGCGCGUCAGCGACUUUGUGUCGGCCUACGUAAUCAGGUCCAGCAAGGGCAUCUUCGACACCGCCAGCCCCGCCGUGGAGGCGGUCAAUGUGUACUUUGAGGACGCCGGGGUGGCCUCGGGCCUGGCCAACAUGAGCGUACGGCGCGCACUGUGGCCCAUGGUGCAGAAAACCGAGGCCGCCUUCCGUGGCUACCAGCUCACCCGGGUGCACGGCAGCCUGGAGCAGCCUCCGCCCGAGCGCGCUGUGGCUCUGGACUCGCUUGGCGCAGCCAUGGGCGCAGGCGCAGCACGCGCAGCAGCAGCAGCCGCAAACGCGGACGCUGCAUCCUGCAUGGGCGGCUUGGAGCCCGGUGCAGGUGACGGUGCACGCUGGUGGCAGCGGCUGCGGCUGGGGAGUCCAGACCUGUUGCUGUACCGUGCGUACAUGGCGCUAUGGCGGGGCGGUCGCAGUGCGGUGCUGGCAGCUGCCAGUUGCUGCAUGAGCCUGUGGUGUGGUGCUACGGGGCUGCUGGUCAGCGCCGGCUGUGCGGUAAGGAGCGGAGUGCGCGCAACAAUGACGGCGGCGCGGGCCGUGCCAGCCACGUCAUCCCAGUUACUGUUGGAGGCAGUCCGGUAUAUCCGCAGUAGCAGCAACCUGGUGACGAAGGUCUUGUCAACGAACUCACCCUCCGAACCUUUCACCCGAGCUGGCCGCCUUGCAGCCCUGGUGCUGUGGCCCUGGGAGGCGCUCGCGGCGCAUCACGUUUGGGGCUGGCGGCGAGCGGCUGCGGUUGCAGCGCGUCCCACGGCUAUGUCGACCGCGGGAAAUGCUGCUCAUAGUGGACGCCUUACGCACGGGUCAGGUGGAGGGGCGAGGAGCAGCGAUCGUUUGUCGUCGCACCCCUUGUUCCGCAGCGGCAUCGAGGACACCGAUGCUCACACCGCGGCACCAGGGCGCAUCAGACGCCUGUCCGUUACACCGCCUUCUGGCAGUGCCAGGAGCAGCGGCGCGGGCAGUUUGAACUGCGGUCCUAAUGCCCCGCAAUCGCCCCGUGGUGGGAGCCGCAGCGCUUCCUUCCGAGCGCGGCAGGGCAGCUUUGUGCGGCGGUGGACGGUGCUGGCAGUGAAGGUGGCCAAGGUGGCAGGGGCGGGGCUGCUGCUGGGCCGUGCGGCGCGUGCUGAGGCGGGCGUAGGCGCCGCUGAGGGGCAUGCAGGACCCGCCCGGCAGCAGCAACAGCAGCAGCAAGUUGUGGACGGUCAGCAGCAACAGCAGCAGCACUUGACGCAGCGUAAAGCCCAGGGUCAGCAACUGGGUGGGGGUUACACGAUGAUGCCAGAGCAAUGGUGGUAGAGGGCGGGUUGCGGCUUUGCAUGCGAUGGAUGAUCUCUGGCAUCCGUGAUGGAGCUUGACUGCAUACUGUCCAAUAUCGUUUUCAAGGCAACGUAGCUUGUUACCAAGUUCCCCCUCCAAUGUACUAGACAUUGUUACGGGGUGGUAUACCAAAAUAGUUGAGGGGAACGUGUAAGAGUGCUGUCUAGUACAAAUUUACAAUGCGCAAUUUGUGCUGCAGCUGUCUUUCCCAGAAGAAAGAAAGAAAGAAAUUUGCACCACGGCCCGGAUGUGCAACUAAGUGCACCGUGAUUGCUAGUGUUUGAGGAGAGUGCGGAUGUUGGUUUGCUAACACCAAUGCUGAGGGUGCGUGUCUUCCGGGUUUUGCUGAGAGGCAUGUGUGUUUACAGCUCGGGAGACGCGGGUAUAAACAAAGAGACGAGCGUGUAUGUGUGUCAUACUGCAAAAUACAAUGUCUGUGAACCGCCCCUGUGUUGUGAUAGCGCGGUUCCAAUAACCUUGUCUUUUCUCCGAACACGGUUUGUCUGUCUGUGUCUGAGUGACGAUAAGAGGAGUGACUUUGCACGUGUCAUAAAACUGUUACUUGUCAAGCUUACAGAGAAAGCGUGGGAUCAAGAUGUGCGCAAAUGUAUCUUGUAGCCCUUUCGUCAGCGCUCGUCAGACGCUUCCCUGGAAGAAUGUGGCAGCGGUGUGGCAGUUCUUAUGCGGCCUGAGCGCGUCACCCCGUGGGGCAAAAUGGCUCGGCUCUAGUAGGUUGUAUCGUCGGAUUUGGGACAUGGGCACCAGCGUGUCCAAGCUUGUUGGCCUGUAGUGGCCGUGUUUGGUUGAUUCGCAGCUCAGGGUGGAUAAUGGUGGUUGUCAGCCAUUCACGGUGGAGGGCGGUUGUGAUGUGUAGUCACAUAUACUAGCAUGCGAUAUGCUGUGGGGCCGGAAUGUGGUCGAUUGUACUUGUAGUGAACCUUGCCGUACAAUGUGCAGUCGCUUUACAAAGUUAGUAGGGUACAUGUUCUUCUUGGUUUAGUGGGUUUUUCGAGGUAUAGAAGACCUGAGCAGCUGUGAAGUGGUAAGUGCGCCUUGCCUUAUAUCUUGUCUCCUGCACUCGUAUCAAUGUGCAUUGGCAUUUCAAUGGGGUAAGGGGUGGGAGGUUUAGGGGUGAUGGUACCCCAGGCAACUCCUCCGCUGCCGUUUAGGGAGCGUUGCUUCCCUAAGCUUGAUGGAAGCCAUAAGCGCUAAUCAAGUGAGUCGCCAAGUAACAGGUCCACUGUAACAGCCGUUUGAGUAAAAGAACAUGCA